AUGCUGCCCGCGCGCCACGCACGCGGGUUGCUGUCCUUGUUGCGGGCGUCCGCUCCCUCCGUGAGGCGCCAUGGCCUCCGAGAGGCUCUGCUGCAGAGCAGAUGCGCUGCCGCUUUCUUCCAGCGCCGCCCGGGCCUGGAACGCGGGCUUUCUCACGCCCCAGGGGAGACUGGGGGCUGCGAAGGAAGUGCUCUUCCGGAGGAGCGUUUUGUGUUCCCCGAGUACGUCCCGGAGCCGGAGCCCUGGCCCACCGUCGAAAGCGAGCUGCAGCAGGCACGGCAGCGGCAGGAGGAUGAGGAGCGACGGAAGCAGCAACUGCGAGAGAAGCAGAAGCUGCGGGCCAGCCGCCGCGUGCACUCGGUAUCGGGACACCCGGACCCGACGGUGCCGCGCAGCGGCGUGAACUGCUCGGGCUGCGGGGCGGAGCUGCACUGCCAGGACCCCGGCGUGCCAGGCUACCUGCCCAGCGAGAAGUUCCGCAGCGCCGCGGCGGAGGCCGACGGCGGGCUGGCGCGAACCGUGUGCCAACGCUGCUGGCUGCUGGUGCACCACCGGCGCGCCCUGCGCGUGCAAGUGAGCCGCGAGGAGUACCAGGAGCUGGUGAGCUCGGCGCUGCGCCGCCCAGGGCCCUCCCUGGUGCUCUACAUGGUGGACUUGCUCGACCUGCCCGAAGCCCUGCUACCCGACCUGCCUGCGCUGGUGGGCCGCAAACAACUGAUCGUGCUGGGUAACAAGGUGGACCUGCUGCCCCAGGACGCACCAGGCUACCGGCGGCGGAUCCGGGAGCGGCUAUGGAAGGACUGCCUCCGCGCCGGGCUCCGGCCACUUCCCAGGCAUCAGGGACCCUCGGACCCUGACGAAGCUGGCCCCGGGGACGGGAAGGAGACUUUCAGUCGGCCACCUGAGCGGGGCCCUGUACUCAGAGACGUGCGGCUAAUAAGCGCCAAGACCGGCUACGGAGUCGAAGAGUUGAUCACCGCGCUUCAGCGCUCCUGGCGCUACCGCGGCGACGUCUACCUGGUGGGCGCCACCAACUCCGGCAAGUCUACUCUCUUUAACACGCUCCUGGAAUCCGACUACUGCAUCGCCAAGGGCGCGGAGGCCAUCGACAGGGCCACCAUCUCCCCCUGGCCAGGUACUACAUUAAACCUUCUGAAGUUUCCUAUUUGCAACCCAACUCCCUAUAGAAUGUUUAAAAGGCACAAGAGACUUAAAAAUGAUGCCAGGAUUGCUGAAGAAGAUCUUCCUGAGCAAGAACAAACUGAACUUACCCUACUGAAAAAGCAUGGUUAUGUAGUCGGAAGAGUUGGGAGGACCUUCCUACGUUCAGAAAAGCAGAAGGAUGAAGCUGCCUUUGAGUUUGAUGCAGAUUCACUUGCCUUUGACAUGGAAAAUGAGCCUGUUCUGGUGUUAGGCACAGACACCAAACGUGAGGCAUUGACCCCCGAAGAAGUGGAAAAUGCCCACUGGUUUUAUGACACCCCUGGAAUUGUGAAGGAAAACUGUAUUUUAAAUCUUCUGACAGAAGAAGAAGUAAAUGCUGUUUUGCCAACAAAAGCUAUUGUUCCAAGAACUUUCCUGCUUAAACCAGGAUUCGUUCUGUUUUUGGGUGCCAUAGCCCGCAUAGAUUUCCUGCAGGGAAAUCGGUCGGCUUGGUUUACAGUUGUGGCUUCCAGCUUCCUUCGUGUGCACAUCACUUCCCUGGACAGGGCAGAUGCUGUGUAUCAGAAGCAUGCCGGUCAUUCCUUACUGCAGGUCCCAAUGGGUGGGGAAGAGCGGAUGGCAGCAUUUCCUCCUCUUGUUGCUGAAGACAUUAUGCUAGAAGGACAAUCGGACUCUGAAGCAGUGGCUGACAUCAAGUUUUCCUCCGCCGGUUGGGUCGCAGUGACACCUUGCUCUGGUGAGAGACUGCAUCUCCGAGGCCACACUCCCCAAGGAACGGCUCUGACGGUGCGACCCCCCCUCUUGCCACACAUCGUGAACAUCAAAGGGAAGCGCAUCAGGAAAAGCAUGGCGUACAAAACCAAGAAGCCGCCCGCCCUGGUGUGCAAUGUGAAGAAGAAAAAACAGAAGGGUGCAUGAGGCUGACGUUCUCAUGCCGAGCACCGGCCGAUACUGAGCGUACGAAACGGUCCCUGUUGGAUUGCAUUCAUUGUAGCCAUAAUAAAGCCCCCCUCCCAGUGGUUUUGAGAGAACUUAA